CCGCACCUGUGGACGCGGCGCCCGCACACGGUGUACGCCAGCAAUAGCGGCCGCGGUGUUGUGGCCGGCGGCGUCGCGGUGGUGAUCGGCAACGACACCGCGGCCGGGCCCACGUCACCGCUGCUGCAGACGGCCGCGCCGCCGACGCCGCCGCUCCUCGUCGGCCAAACCAACGUCACCGGCGGCGGCGGCGGCGGAGUGGGAGUCGGCGGCGGCGGCGGUGUCGUCGUGGUCGGCGGGGGCGGAGGGGGCGAGGGCUCGUUGGACGGCGGCUACUGGUGGUGGGCCCUGUUGGCCGUGUUCCUGGUGCUGGCCACGGCCGCCGGCAACAUACUCGUGUGCCUGGCCAUCACGUGGGAGCGCCGUCUGCAGAACGUCACCAAUUACUUUCUCAUGUCGCUGGCCGUCACCGAUCUCAUGGUCGCCGUGCUCGUCAUGCCCGUCGGCAUACUCACUCUAGUCAAAGGAGUGUUUCCGUUUGCACCAGUGUAUUGUCUGGCAUGGAUAUGUCUGGACGUUUUGUUUUGCACCGCCAGUAUAAUGCACUUGUGCACGAUCAGUGUGGACCGGUACUUGAGCCUGCGGUAUCCGAUGAAAUUUGGCCGGAAUAAGACGCGACGAAGGGUGAUACUAAAGAUCGUGUUCGUAUGGUUGUUGUCGAUAGCGAUGAGUUUGCCGUUGAGCCUCAUGUACUCAAAAGAUUUCAAUUCGGUGCUAGUAAAUGGCUCUUGCCAGAUACCCGAUCCAUUGUACAAACUGAUUGGAUCGAUAGUGAGUUUUUACAUUCCACUAGGCGUUAUGAUACUAACUUAUACGCUGACCGUUCGACACUUGGCUGCAAAGAGGCAAAAUCUACAAACGGGCUUCACGCACAAUACGAAUCAAAACAACACUAGGAGGAGCUGGCGACGAAUGCUUCGUCGGAACUACCGGAGAACCCGGUCGGACGAGACGGACGUUCGGUCGGCGACCGGCGAAGAGCUGACCGGCGUGAUGACGUCGUCGGCAGACGGUCGAAAGCAAAAGGGUCGCUGCGAUCCGAUGAUGGUCGGGCCCGCGAGCGCGAUGAAAACCGGCGCGGACAACGGUGCGCCGUCGUCGGGUUCGCGGUCCACGGCCGCGGUGGAAGACGACAGUGGAGCAGCGGACAGCGCGGACAAUAGCCCGCGGUUCGGUCACCAUCACCGUCACAAUCACCGGCAGGUGACGCCCAACGCGAGUUGUCGGGGCACGCCGCGACCUUUCCGACACAACCCGUCGGUCGGGUCAACCGAUACGGAAAUGACGUCGCUGGACGCCCGCGAACUGUGGCUGCCCGACACCGAGCCCACGCCGUCCACCAUGUCGGCACUGCAUCAGUUUGGCGCCGAAAUGCUGCGACUUUCCCGGGGUCUGGAAAAGGUCGCCUCGCCCGAGUCCAAGCCUGCUUCUCCCGAAACGCCCAGAUUAUCCAUUAACGGUGUCGGCUUGGACGACGACGACGACGACGACGACGACGACGGCUUAUGCGACGUCGACGACAUCGACGACGGCGAAGAGGAAGACGAAGAAGAAGAAGAAGAAGACGACGACGACGGAGAAGAAGACGAACGAGUAACGGCUUUCGAUUCCAUGUGCUCGGAAGACGCGUCCGCUCAUACCGGGACGCCGCGGUGUAGGCGAGUCAAGCGGCAGCUCCGGCGGCGGCGGCGGCGGUCGGGCACGUUGCACGAGUCGAUGCGCCGGAAAUUCGACGGCCCCAACCGUCACCCGCACCAUCACCACCAACCGCACGCUUACUACCGCCAUCCGCACCACGAGCCGCAGCCUCACCACCGCCUCCAGGGCCAGGCCGCGCGCGUCCGCAGUUUCCACGAGGACGAACUGACCAGGAAUCGGGACGGGCCCGCCUCGUCGUCGGACCUCGGCGGAACGGCGGCGGCGGACAGCGGGCCCAAGAUCGUGGGCACGCUGCUCAAACAGGAGUACCAACGGAAACCCGGGCUGGACGAAGAGAUCUGUCUGUUGCCGCCGCCGCCGCGACGACGGCAGCGGCGCGCGCGUUCCCCUUCCAGCUGCGGCGGCGGCGUGACCUCCGAGGAAGCGGCGGCGGCGUCACCGGCGGCACAGCCGGUGCGAACGACGCCUCCGCCGCCGCAGCCCAAGACGGCCACCGUGGACACGUUGACCGUGUGGUCGGCCUCGUCCAACAACGCGUCCAAGACGACGACGACGACGUUGGCACCGGCCGUAGGGCAACCGCUGCGCCGGGCCAUGACCCAGAAACCCGUUCGCAAGCAGACGCCCGCGCAGGCGCCGUCGGCCGCGGGCGGCAAACGUCACUCGCCGCUGGUCCGGUACGGGUCGACGCUGGGCCUGCCGUCCCGGAACCACCAGGCGGCCGCGCCGCAGCGGUCGAACAACGCGAACCGGUCGAGCGUGAUGAUCCGCAACUCGUACCGGCACGGUCGCAUCAUCCGGCUGGAGCAGAAGGCCACCAAAGUGCUGGGCGUCGUGUUCUUCACGUUCGUGUUCCUGUGGACGCCGUUCUUCGCGCUCAACCUGUUGCCGUCCGUGUGCCCGAACUGCGAGGCCGACAUCAGCAAGGGCCUCAUCGACCUGGUCACGUGGCUGGGCUACGCCAGUUCCAUGGUCAACCCGGUGUUCUACACCAUUUUCAACAAGGUGUUCCGGCAGGCGUUCAAGCGGGUGCUGAUGUGCAAGUACCGCGGCCGCAGCAAGCGACACUCGUGGCCGCCCCCGGCCCCCGCCAGAAAGGUCUGAACGCGCGGGGCCCGACCGUCCGUCCCGCACCGUUCCCGUCGGGCGGUUCCACCGCUCUGGUUCGCACUAUAUACAACUAGACGACUGGUGCAGGAUCGAUCCUGCGCACCGGAAUAUUGUAAUAUUUUUUCUCCGACGUCCGAGUCGAAUUCCGUAAUAAUACGCUUUGCGCUUUUCGACCCGAACGGUAUUUCAAAACAUUUACAAACGAUAAUCGAAAAUAAUCACUCAGAUUUAUAGUUUGUGAAUAAUAAUUACGAAAAUAAUACGUUAAUGAUUAUUAAUUUAUUUGAUAAUUCGAUUGAAAGAUUUAAAAAAAAAAAAAAAAAAUUAAAAACAUUAUUCAAAGGCUGCGCCCGACAUACGCCUACGCCAAUAGUUUAUCAUAAAAUGUUAAGAUAAGUGAAAUAACGAGAACAAAAUUAAGAUGCUCUUCAAUCAUACCACGUGCAUUAUAUUAACAUAUUACUAUGUUGUUUUAAUUUGGCUCUUACAAAAUGUGUUCGUUUCCGUAAUAUAACACCUAAUUUAAAUAAUUACUUUGAAUAAAUUAAACUUAAAACAGCUUGUAAAGUAUGAAUAUUUCAAAGGAUAAAUUUUAAACUCUUAAUAAUUUUCAAAACUACGAUGGUCUACUAGUUAGUACAAAUAAAUUGAGUGUUCUAAAAAUAUCACUUUAAUCUUAUUAUACGACUACUCGUGGAAAAUAAUCUCUACAGUUCGAAAAAACUAUAAUAUGUGUGGGAGAUCAAGCGUUCUACUUUCCAUAAUAUUACAUAGUUGUUUAUGCACGUGGUCGAAUACUUCUCGUGAAAUUUCAUUAUGGCAUAAUAUUAUUAUACUUUAAACAGAUAGGUAGGUACUUUUUGUUGGUUUUGGUUUUAAUAAAACUGUUUUGUUAUGUAUGUGAUGGCAGACCGCUUAGUCACGUGAUUGUGCAAACGAUUUUAAAAUUUGAAUAAUAUUUUAUUCGCGAAAUUUAACAUUGCUCUAGCAAAUUAAUAGGCUUAAAAAACUAACAAACACGUUAGCACAAUAUUAUAAUCGAUUGCCGCAUUUCAUAGAAUUUCGUUCAACGACUCGUCCGCAAACUCAGUGUAUUGUUACUAACUCGUUAGGAUCUAUUAUUAUAAGUUAUAACAUACAUUUAAUAUUUUCACCAUUUAAUAUUUGCGUCAUUUUUGAGUUUCCAGAACCGUAACAACAUUUCAAUAAAAUUUAUGUUUUCAGGCAAUUUAAAAUCAUCAUAACUAUUACACUUAUUUGCACCUACAAAAUGGCUGUAACAAUAACGUUUAGCUACAACAAAAUUAGUUAAACACUUUUAACUUAACUAAUUUAAUUAACUGUUGAAAUAGCUUACACAUUUCAGUUGAUUUAAAAAUAAUCCAUCAAGUUAAAAUUAAACAUUUUUUUAUAAAUGAAUUACUGUAUAAACGGUUUUAAAUAAAAAUAAUCUAAUACUAUAGUGUAACGGUAGCGAUAAUACAAUAAUAACAUCAUUUUGCUGUUAUAUUGAUUAAUAAAUAAAAUAAUAAUAAAACUAAACACACGGGUACCAAAUACUUUUAUGAUGAGAAUCGACGUAUUAAAUAAAUGAGUAGAGAGUAUUUUCUUUUUAAAUUGAAUCAGUUUUUUUUUUCUACAAUUUCGAACUCGGUUGAGUCGAAUGUAUUAUUUAUUUGCAAUUAACUUUCAGUAAUGAUUUCAUAUUCACUUAACUCGAGUUAAUGCAUUUUUCAACCACCUUUUUUCAUUAGCCUUUUUACCUUUGGUUAUAUUUUAACCAUUGAUACACAUUGUCAAUGGCCUUAAUGAAUCCGUUCUCCUCCGACGUAAAUAUCUAACUAAUAAGUAAUAUUGUAUUGAUUCGUGAUUGUAAUA